GAUAACAGGCACAGACCCUAAUCUGUUCCUGAGCCGUAUACUGGAGCUAGAGGAAGGCAUCCUCUGUGUUACUUAACUACCGUAGGCCCCGGUCCUGGGUUUGACCCCUUUCAUGGGUUGCUUUGGUCUUUAUCAAAAGGAGGAAUAACUGUUUUGAUGCCAACUCUGGUUCAGCAUGAGGCCUUGUGAAGAACUGAACAGGCAAAAAACACUAUUGUUCCAAUACAGGUACUGCUAAAAAGAGUAGUUGAACAACAACCUCCUCAGAACAGGAACAAGAAACAUCUACAGCAUAGCACCUGGAAUACAAGAACACACACGGAGCAAAGCACCAGAACAAGGUGUCCAGGAGUAUGCCAGUCUAGUCCAGAAUCAUCUGAAGGAUUUCACUGCAACAGUGCUGACUUGGCUGUAGCGUCUCAGCGGCAUCAUGGCAGACCCUUACCAGAACAACGUGUACCACCAAGGAGGAGGUGACCCCUACGGCACCUACGGAGAGGGAGGAGACCAGGGGGGCUACGGUUACCAGGGCGAGUCCUACCCUCAGGAGGAGGACGCAGCCAGCGAUGCCACAGAGGGCCAUGAUGACGAGGACCAGAUGUACGAGGGGGAGUACCAGGGGAUCCCCCACCCUGACGAGGUGAAGGCGGCCCAGAGAGCAGCGAGGGCCAAGGCCAGGCAGGCUCAGGCAGGGGCCACGGAGCUGGAGGAGCUGGCUGAGCAGUAUGAGGACAUCAUGGAGGACUGUGGGCAUGGACGGUUCCAGUGGACCCUGUUUAUAGUGCUGGGUCUGGCCCUCAUGGCUGAUGGGGUGGAGUGCUUUGUGGUGGGGUUCGUGCUGCCCAGCGCGGAGAAGGACAUGUGCUUAUCCAAUGGAGAGAAAGGCAUGCUAGGUUUGAUAGUGUUCCUGGGCAUGAUGGUUGGGGCGUUCAUCUGGGGUGGAAUGGCAGACAAACUGGGCCGCCGGAAGUGUCUGAUCUGGGCCCUCACCGUCAACUGUGUCUUCGCCUUCCUCUCCUCCUUUGCCCAGGGAUACGGCUUCUUCCUCUUCUUUAGGCUCUUCUCUGGCAUCGGCAUCGGAGGCUCUGUCCCCAUAGUCUACUCCUACUUCUCAGAGUUCCUGCAGAUGGAUAAGAGAGGGGAACACCUGAGCUGGCUGUGUAUGUUCUGGAUGGUGGGGGGCAUCUACGCCUCCUUCACUGCCUGGGGCAUCAUCCCUCGCUACGGCUGGGGCUUCAGCAUGGGGACAGAGUUCCAGUUCCACGGCUGGAGGGUGUUUGUGCUGGUCUGUGCCCUGCCUGCCAUCACCUCCCUGGUGGGGCUCAUGUUCAUGCCUGAGAGCCCCAGGUUCCUCCUGGAAAAUGCCAAACAUGACGAGGCCUGGAUGAUCUUGAAGAAUGUCCAUGACACCAACUGGAGGGCUAAGGGCCAGCCUGAGAAGGUCUUCCAGGUGACCCACAUCAAAGCUCCUAAGACCAAUGAGGAUGAGUUCAUUGAGAUCCAGAGUGCCACAGGGACGGCUAUACAGCGAUGGGCCGUUCGAACCCUCACUCUGUGCAAACUGAUGCUGAGGAACGUUGCUUCUCUCUUGGGACCUGAGCUGAGACUGAGUACGCUGUUCAUGGCCAUCAUCUGGUUCACCAUGGCCUUCAGUUACUAUGGACUGGGUGUGUGGUUCCCUGACAUGAUCAAAUACCUGCAGCAAGAGGAGUAUGAGUCCAAAGUCAAGGUGUUCCAUAGAGAGAGAGUUGAACGCUUCCACUUCAACUUCUCCCUGGAGAAUCAGAUCCACAGAGAGGGAGAAUACAUCAAUGACAAGUUCAUCAACAUAGAGAUGAAGUCUGUAAAGUUUGAGGAUUCACUGUUUGAAGAUUGUUAUUUUGAGGACAUCAAGUCCACUGAAACAAUGUUUGAGAACUGCACCAUCAGAUCCACCGUCUUCUAUAACACAGACCUGUACGAGGAGAAGUUCAUAGACUGUAAGCUGGAGAACACCACGUUCCUCCACAACAAGAAGGGCUGUCACCUGGACAUCGACGAGGAGAACGACGUGCUUAUCUACCUGGUCAGCUUCCUGGGGUCCCUGGCUGUUCUCCCCGGCAACAUCAUAUCAGCUCUGUUCAUGGAGAAGAUAGGCAGGGUCAAAAUCAUAGGCCUCUCCAUGCUAAUCUCAGCUGGGUGCACCUUCUUCCUGUUCCUGAGCUUCAGUCAGGCGGCCAUCAUAGCCUGGCAGUGUCUGUUCUGUGGGGUCAGCGUGGCAGCAUGGAACGGCAUCGAGGUCAUCACAGUGGAACUCUACCCAGCCUCCAAAAGAGCCACAGCGUUUGGGGUGUUGAAUGCCCUGUGUAAACUGGCUGCUAUCCUGGGUAGCUCCAUCUUUGCCUCCUUUGUGGGGGUCACCAAAGUCGUCCCCAUUCUCCUCUCCUGCGCUGCUCUGGUGUGCGGAGGCCUGGUUGCCCUCAAGCUACCUGAGACCAGGGAGAAGAUCCUCCAGUGAGGUGGUCAUACUGGCCAAAAGGUCAAAGGUGCCAGGAGCAACCUUUACAGGUGGAGUUACUCUGAGAGACACACAGGCAUUAAGCAAGAUUGGCUGUGACCAACAGGAAUUGACAGGAGUUUUUUCCAGCAACAUAUUGAGAACCUUUAAUAACAUGCUAACUAACAGUGUGCUUCAUUGUCUGUUCUGUCUCACCAGUUAUGUGUUUGGAGUGAAAUUCUUUCAAAUCUACUCUGUAUAUAUAAAUUAUUCUUGGGACCAAAUGGACAUUUUCUCUAAUUCAAUUGCUUAUUUAUCAGUCUAUGAAUCCUAAUUUGCCCUACUAAUGUAUGAUACUGUACAUCUGAGCCCAGAUGAAACAUCUGAACAUGUAUAAACCUCGACGGCGACUUCGGUAACCAAAAACAGAUUUCUGGUCGUGGAAAUCUUUCCCCAGUGCCAUUUUGAAUUCACAUACUGUUGUUUUGUUCUGCCAGAAUUACGUUGUUUUUUAAAUCUUGGCCCUGCCUCAAUGAAUAGCUCUCAACUCAUACCCUCUACUUUCUCGCCAAAAUGUAAACUCUGUAGACUGUAGCACUCCCUCCCUGUUAUUGUCUUGUGUUACAAUCAACCUACGGUAUGGAGUGGGAGAACAGCAAAUAUCCUUCACCACAUCUGUACUGUAUUUUUGAAUUUCUAACUUUAGUUGAGUGUUAAGAAGUUAUAGUCCAGCAGUAGGUCGACACAAGAGAAACAACAGAACUGCAAUUUACUGCAGUAUUUGACCGUUCCAUUCUAAUGUUAUUUUCCUGAUGAAUAUGCCCUUGGAAACCACGAUAAAUCGAUUUAUUUUGUCGAUUUUUGUGGUCCAACGUCACAAUUGAAUCUAACUAGCAACUUCAUUUAGCAAACUGUUUGGUCCAUGAGUGUGUUUAUGUGCUUGCUUGUAAAUGUUAUCAGUUUCAGCCUCCACGUUACUGCACAUGAUGCUCUUGGUUGUGCUUUAUUUGUGUUGUCUAUGCGACGACAUCUUUAGUUUUUCUGUUUAAGUGGUACCACAUAGAAAUAAGAAGGAAAAUGUAUUUUACAAUAUGUGGGGGAAAUGCUUUUAUUGUAUUGGGGAUGGGGGAUUCACUGAAGCACACCGUGCUGUUACUGAUAACUGUCGACUGAGUUGCAUGUGGGUGUGUGGGUGUUAUCUACCUACCAGGUAAUGUUUCUGUGUCUUUUUCAUGUGUUGUUCAAAAAGUAAGUCGUCUGAAUGAUGUUUGCUGUCUGUGUCAAUGUAAAUAACUGAUGGGAUUGUAGCCUGUACCGGCUUGAAUUAACAAUCACUUUAGUUAGUUUAAGCAUUCAUAAGCUGUUUCUUGUCAAGUAUUGAGGAGCCAAUUGCAUUUUUUCCCCAAUACAAAACAAUACUUUUGCCAAUUAUUUCUGUCAUACUAACAAUCAAACAGUUACAUGCUUUGCUGUUGAAACACUAUUUUACAUUUGACUGUCGUUAUUGUAUCUACACUAUAUUCACACAAUAACGUAAGACAUUUUUAAAUAGAGAAAGUUACAAAGCAAGAAUGAAGGUGAUAUUGAAUUAUCCUUCUUCAAAGUGUAGCUUUGGUUUCCUUUAGCUAGUCUAUCGAGCACUUGUUCCAUCCUCCGGAGGUAGACACAAUCACAUUAUUGCCGAUACAUGAUGUAGUAAUUAAUACUUGUUAUACCUCUCUUGAAAACAUACACGGAGCUGUUAUCAACUGAGCUGCAGGAAGUUAUCCGCCUUACCUGAAUGCAACGGUUCUGCCGAACCUACCAAGAAAGUAAUCGUGCGUUUUCAAUAAAAACCUGGUUUCUUUCUCAAGCACAUGUUUGAACUGCAUCACUGCGGUUAUCAAGGGAUCGGCUUAUGAAUACAGUUCUUGGGCGGUUUGUUUUUCUGAGUUAGUUUGUGUGUCCGUCAUUGUAAAACAGAAAAAGCCAUGCGUUGUUCUUUGAUUUUUUCUAUUUUGAUCUCAAAAUAUUGUCUGUCACGGUAAAAGACAUUCAUUUCACAUACAUGUUUCGUUUUGUGACUGUAACAAAAAAUAAAAACCUAUCAAAUCUAUCA